UGAACCACGCCCGUGGGGUGGAGGCGCGCGCACACGGACCGUCCUCUAACCCGGAAUGUCGCUCUCCGUCUUAAAUCCGUCCGUGCCAACCGCGAGCCGCACAGAUACAGUGACGUCAGCUCCGAGACACUGAACCAAACACAUCGAGCCCACUGGCUCCGCUGCUGCGAGACGGGAAGCAUCGGGCAGGAUCGGCCAUAUUAAGCGUCACAUCUCUGAAUUUCUUCUGCGAUCUCACAGAAUCGUUCUAGCUUCGAAACAAACUCCCUGCGUGCGAUUACUGUAAGCAUGUCCGCCAAAUCGAGCGAGGGGCCGGGUUUGGAUGGGAAAUGGUUCGAUGAGGUGGAGGAGGAGGAGAAGAACGGGAUGUUUGGGAGCGCAGGGCCCCGUUUCGACGAGAUGCGGGACGAUCUGCACGCGCCCAAGCAACAAUUCCAUCCCUUUGAAGGAAGCGGCGUUGCCAUGGAAACUGCAUCUACAGGUGACUCACUGUCUGACAUGUUUAUGAAGUCAUCAUCAGGAGAGGGUGAUUUGUACACCUCUCUCCUUUCCUCAAAAUCCUCCUCCAAUCCUUUCAAUGAUGGUGCCUCUCUCUUCUCCACUGGGGGCAACCGCUCUCCGCCUGCUCCCACUGGGACCGACUCUGGCAUCGGCAUGACCCCAGGUGACCCCUCAGACCAUCAGACAACCCUGCAGGGUUCACAUAAGACUGACCAUUACAGCUACAUGGACAUGGGGGAUGACCUCUGUGAUUUUGGUAGUGUGGGCAAUACCAAGAACAAGCAGCAACCUGCCAUGUCUGGCUAUGGAGAUGACGAAGACAAUGAAGAAGAUGAAGAUGACAUUCAGGAUUUCAAGCCUAAGAUUCACGAAAAGGAAUCCAGCCAUGACCCCUUCGAUCUGGGUCGCUAUUUGGAAAAGAGUCCUCUUGGAUCUGAAGAUACAGGGGUGAAGAGUCCGGGAUCAGCCGGUGGGCAGCACACAUUUCCAUACGUGGAGGAUCCUUCAGAUGAAGAAACAUUACCAACAGAUCACAAUCUGCGAAAGGGAAAAGAGAAAGACGACAGCAGCGAGAGAAACGUCAGAGGACGGGAAGACAUGGAGAAAGGGAAGAAAGAGUGCAACUGGAGCAGCUGGAGAGGGCAGGUCAUGGGUGGUUCAGUGGUAGAUCUGUUACAUUGGAGGGAUUUAAAGCAGUCUGGACUGGUUUUCGGCAGCGUGUUGCUGCUGCUGUUCUCUUUAACCCAGUUCAGCGUGGUGAGUGUUAUAGCAUAUCUUGCUCUGGCUGUCCUCUCCGCCACCAUCAGUUUCCGAGUCUACAAAUCAGUCCUGCAGGCUGUGCAAAAAACUGACGAGGGCCACCCCUUCAAGGCCUAUCUAGAGGUGGAGAUUGCUCUCUCUGCAGAUCAGAUCAUUAAGUAUGUGGAUAAGACUCAGCUGUACAUCAACUCCACCAUGAAGGAGCUUCGCAGGCUGUUCCUGGUUCAGGAUAUGGUUGACUCCAUAAAGUUUGCAGUGUUGAUGUGGUUGUUGACCUAUGUUGGAGCUCUGUUUAAUGGCCUGACCUUGUUGAUUCUGGUGGUGGUUUCCAUGUUUAGUGUGCCAGUGGUUUACGAGAAGUACCAGACACAGAUUGAUCAGUACUUAGGACUGGUGCGCACCCAGUUUAACUCGAUAAUGGGAAAGAUUAGAGAAAAGGUUCCUGGGGCCAAAAAGAAGGAAUAAACUCUUUGCUUCUGUACAAGUAAACACUAUAGCCAGUAAAAUCUACAACUUUGCCAGCACUGAAGGACCCCAACUAUACAGGAGGCCAAUGUCACCUUAAAAACUAAUAAAAAAAAAAAGCAUAAACAAAAAAAGAUCAUGUUAGUAUAAUGGCACCAAUAAAACCCCCCACUGUUGACAGUCACAGGUGAAUUCCUGCAUAACUAACACAGAUUCACAUAAAUAACACCUUGUGGGCAAUCGUAGAGCUAUAGAUAUACCAGAGGGACACACGGUGAUUCUCUCUUCCAUUGCUUCUGAUUUAAGUGCAUGAAGUCCAGUCUUGAGUAAAUAUUUGCUAUCUCUGCAGUGCUCUUCCUCUCUCUGCUUUACUUUGCAGUGCAUAUUUCCUGCUGUAAAAUGUAACACGAAAAUGAAAAUCAUGCCUGUCAUAUAAUCUCCUGCUGCCAUGUCGAAUAAUCGCUUCAAUUCACCGUCACUGGUAGAGUGGUUCUGUGUACAGACAUACUUAUUAAUAUCAAGUUGAAUUGUGGAUUGUUUUUUUGUUUUUGUUCUUUUCUGUGUAUUUGAGCACAUUGAUAAUUUGAAGAUGUUAUUACUAAAUGUGUAACUGUAAUUUUUGCAGAACUGUAGGGAUACGUGUAGGUGUUUAAAGACAAGCUUUGUGGUCCUUCUCUAGGGCACCUGAUUGUCAGACUGCAGAGCUCCAGCUGUACUAAACUCUGUCCAACUUUGUACGACGUUCAGUGUUCAGUUAUUUUAAAGUCUUUAACUAUUUGCACUCUGUAUUUAAUUAACGAAUGGGAAAAAUAAAUGUUCCUUAAUGUAG